ACGUUUCACAUCGAAUUUCUAGAUCUUUUUCGUUUUAGGACGAAUGACGGGCGGGGACGCCAGUAUACCCGACGAGGAGACAGAAAGUCAUAGUUCCGAAGAAAGCGAAUCCUCUUCGGUUGAAGUUUGCGGGUCUCUCCAAAAAUGGACUAAUUAUAUCCAUGGAUGGCAAGAUCGCUAUUUUGUGCUGAAAGAUGGUUGCAUUAGUUACUUCAAAGAUAAAUCCAACAUUGCAACUGGAUCCAGAGGGUCUCUGAGUCUGGCGAAAGCUUUAGUUAAAGAGCAUGAAUUUGACGAGCUUAGGUUUGAUAUCGGGGUAAAUGAUUGUGUUUGGUACUGUAGAGCCAAGAACAGAGAGGAGAGAAGAACUUGGCUGGAUGCCAUUGAGCUUUACAGAAACGAUUCCAGCAUUGAUUCUGCUAUGAGCAGAAAUGGAUCCAUGUUUUCCCUGAAUUCCAUCAAUAGCGGAAAUAUGCUUCUUAGUGGUAAAAGUAAACUUAACCGCGGCCAGGAAUUGUUGACUUUGCAAUCUGAAAUGGACACUUUGCGAAGUUCAUCGAAGCAGUUAGUUCAAAAAAUAGAACUGCACAUGCAAUUGAGUGCAAGCACUUUGCCAGAUCAGAAUGGCGAUUCACCACAGACGCUCGAAACCGACAUGUCUCUAUUCAGGGCUGACUGCUUAACUUUCAAAACAACUACUGACAACCUUUUGGAUCUGUGUAAACAAUGUGUUGAUCUAUCAAUGGUCCAAGAUGAGAAACUGCGCAGAAAAUUGGACGAGGAAAUUAGAAAGCGAAAGAAAUUAGAAGAAGCUAUCCGGUCUCUGAAGGAAAAUAUGAUGACCGCUAAUUUACGAGAUGGGCCUGAUUUUCAAGAGGGCCCAAACAGUGCAAUCACGGAUGAAAUGUGGUUCGAUGCAAUUGACGGUGUCCUUGAAAAGCUGGACGAGGAUACAUACAACCCUGAAAAAGCAUCUCUGGUAAAAGUUCCCCUGACAUGUGGAACUCAGCGGACACAACAUAGGUUCUCCAGCGCAUGUGACAACUAUGUUAAAGAGAACCUCAAAUACGCCUUUUCUUCGUCCGACCAAGUAGAAGGCGAGGAUGGAUGGGAGCUGAUGCACUCAGAGGGUGAAAUGCGGGUUUAUCGUAAAGAAGUUGAAAUAGACGGAUUGGUUUUGGAUCCUCUGAAAGCAACACAUCAGGUAGAAGGCAUAACGGCUGAGGAAAUGUGUCGUUGGUUUUUUGAUCCGGAUGUAAAAAUGGAAUGGGAAGGACAUCUUCUGGAGAAGGUGAAAGUGCUUGAGAUUUUAGCACCGGACACAGUGAUCAUUCAGUCAGUAAUGAAACGAGUCUGGCCGUCCGCGCAACGAGACAUAGUUUACUUAUCGCAUAUCCGUCAUGUUAGUGCAUAUAACCAAGAAAGCAAUGAAAACGAUACCUGGAUUGUGUGCAAUUACUCCGUUGACCACAGUGAGGGUGUUCUCGGAAGGGGAGUGGUUAGGUGCCAAGUUAGGGCUUCGAUGGUGUGUCAGACUAUCGUCAUAAAUACCGGAGUAGUUUCCGCCAAUUUAAAGUACCCUAGAUCAAAAGUUGCUUGUAAAGUGUGGUAUACUGCAGACGUGAAUCCUGGUGGAUGGGCUCCGGCCAAGGUGCUACGUCAGAUUUAUAAACAUGAAUAUCCUAAAUUUCUUACCAAGUUCGGUCAGUAUGUGUAUUCUAAGACAGCGCCUUUGCAACCCGAAGUUUCAAUUCCAACUUUUCUGUAGAAUGUCGAAUCUCAAGUUUUCCUAUUGGCGCAGUGUAUCGCCAAGUGAAAAAAGUUUGAAAUUCUGAAAAUUUUAAUUAGUUGGAAUACUGUUUCUGUAAAUUAUAGAUUAAUUCAUCUAUUUGUUAUUA